AUGUUCAAGGCGCUAGACGAGCGGAUUGAGGAAGAGAUCAUCCUCGGAAACGUCUCGGAUGUGUGCUUUGGUGUGGGGCAGGAUGAGGAGGUCCACCUCUUCAGUUCCAGGUGCUGCCUGGCCAUGGCCAGCCCGGUCUUUCACGCUAUGUUUUUUGGUCCGCAGUGGCACAAAGAGGCAGCUGCGGCCCGACAUUCACCGGCAAGGAAAUCCGAGCAUUCGGUCGGGCAUACCAACUGCCGGUGGGGGGAUAAGUUGACAGGGACCAGUCCUGCCACUGGCUCCAACUCUCCAAGAAGUAGAGAGUUUGGCCAGGCGCAGCAAAGUGGGUUCCGAACCGGGCAGCACCACUAUGUGGCAGUCCCCGACAUUGAGCCCAGCGCGUUCAAGUGCAUGUUGCGGUACGUGCAUCACUUGGACCCGUUGAUCUCACUGGAUAACGCGCUUCAAGUGUACCGGGCAGCCGACAAGUACCAGAUCGACGGAUUGCCUGCAGCCCGG